CUGUUGACAAGCAACAAAGUGGAGUGUUCCUUUAAUAGAAUUUAAUUUUGCUCAAACAUUUGUUUGUUUGUUUUUGUUUCAACAAAACCCCAUGAAAACUGAUUGAAACUGAACAAAUAAAAAUAAAAAGCAGAACCAAGUCACCAAAUGCUAUUGUACACUGUGACAUUAGUUUCAAAAUCACAGUUGAAGUGUUAUGAAGUGACAAGUGACAAAUAAAGAGUCUGAUGAGAAACACACACCCAUAUAUAAAGAAGAGCACCAACACUACAAAAAAAAAAAUUCAUGAAUUGCCUUAUGCUAUAGCCUGGAGAAAGUCCAAACAGCAAAAAUGACUGGGAAUUUGAUAAAGCCGAUAUCCAACAAUUGCAAACAAGAAAAUCAAGGAAAAAUACCAGCAAUUGUAUGGUACAGUGGCAUGAAAAGUCAUGCCACUGUAUAUUAUUCACUUACAUAGAAUUACCAGAAUUAACGGAACAUUUUCAAGCUGUUAAAACCAGAAGUAACUAAACUUGAAAGUGGGUCAGACCCAUGUUCAACCACAAACACCAGACUGAAAAAAAAAACAACCCAUUGUUUGUCAUGAGAGAAACAUUUACUGUACUUGCAGUGCCACUACCGAACAACGGAUCUGUAUCUCACUGUUAUAUACAAUCAAAUAUGGAAUUGUCAGAGGACACUGCAAUGAUACCUUGCCCAGACCCGUACCACUGUCCCUCUCAUCUGGAGACCUUGACUUUGAUUGAUCAAUUGUUUGUCUACAAAGAAAAAACUCUGGAAGAAAGUCUUGUAGAAGGUUGCUGUGGAAUAAAGUCUAACAAUAGAUAUGAGGUGAAGGAUGACAUCGGGAACAAAGUUUUUACUAUUCUUGAGGACAACGAUUGUUGUAACAGGACUUACUGUGCUGCAGCACGUUCCUUCAUAAUGAAUGUUUUUAACAACUCAAAUCAAGAGAUCAUCAGACUGGUGCGACCAUUUGUUUGCAGCUGCUGCAAAAAUGAGCUGGAGGUUCAGUCUCCACCGGGCGUUACCAUCGGAUACGUUAAACAAAACUGCCAUGUUUGCCUGCCUAAAUUCACAAUUGAGAAUGAACAAGGUGAACCAGCAUUUAAGAUUGCAGGAUCAUUUUUACCUUCCAUUUCCUACUGCACGGAUGCAAACUUUGAGCUGGUGUCUUUGAAUGGGGCAGCAAUAGACAGAUCAUUUGGCAAGAUCGUCAGACCCUUCUCAUGCUGUGGACCAAAUGCAGAUGCAGAUUUUGUGCUGAGGUUUCCAAGAAGCUUGGAAGUCAAAAUGAAAGCUACACUAUUGGGGGCCUGCAUACUUAUUGACUGCAUUUAUUAUGAAGAGCUACAAUAACAUGAAACUUUGGCCUACUUCAGAAAGAAGGUAGAAGACAAAUGUCUACAGACUGCUUGCCAAAAUAUCCUCCAAUAAAGGCUGAAGAGAGAAGAAUAUUUACUGAAUAUGGCCAAUCUUGAUUUUUCUUGUAUUGUAUCCAGGGGCGUGUGUCUUGGUUAUUGGUUACAUGGGAAUCAGUUGGUACUACAUUAAUACUGAAGGUUAAAAAGAGGCCUACUAACUUUAAAAUUAUUUCUACUCCAAUUCCUUUAUUUAAAUAUAAACAUUUAAAUGGUGGCUGUCAACUUGAUGGAUUUAUUCAAACAUGCAUUAUAUAGGCUAUUAAAGAACAUAAAAAAUUAUAAUAUAUAUACAUUUAUAGGUAAAAUCGAACCCCGAGCCUCCAGUACCAUUUCUGUGAC